AUGUCUUCUUGUAUUGGGAGCAAGCCGGAAAAAGAUGCCAACUCCAAAUGCUCUUUAUUUAUAAGAGGAAUUCCGGCAGGUUCAUCCAAUGAUGAGCUUCUAAAUCUUUUCUCCGAUAUUGGGCCGUUGAGAUCGUGUUUCGUUGUCAAUCCCGGGAAAGAGGCUGGGGCGGAAGCAAUAGCUCCUUCAAAGUUCUGUUAUGGCUUUGUUCGCUUUGUGACAGAGGAAGAUGCUCAGAAGGCUCUUGAGCAAUUGAAAAGCACCAAAUUUAAGGGCUCAAAACUGAAGCUAGAGAUUGCUCUAAAGAAGCAUACCGGUAGCGAAAACAAGCCGCCCAGAAAGGUUCUCACUGUGGAAAGCAAAAAGGACAGCGCUUUGGAUAGCAACUCUGAACCCAAAAAAGACUCUAAACUAAAGCGUCCAAAAAAGCCACAAAAGGAUAACCUAAAAAGCAUCUAUGUUUCCUCAUUACCAAAGGAUGUGGAAAAAAAGCAGCWCUUUAAAAAGUUUAGGAAAUUCGGUAACAUUGCGUCUUUGGAAUUUCCUUUGGAUGGCUUAAUUGUAUAUUCAAGUGGGAAAGAAGUAUCGUUCGCAUUGCCUAAAAUACACGAUCAUAUUUUCAAAGGAUCCAAGUUGAAAGCAUCUUUGACCAAAGAGCAGCCACAAAAGUCACAUCGACUAAUCGUUCGAAACAUUAGCUUUUCCACCACGAAAGAAGAGAUCCUCGAUAAAUUCAGCGCAUUUGGUGAGGUUUUCGAGGUUCAGAUACCAAAAAAAGCGGAUAAUUCCCUGAUGGGAUUUUGCUUUGUUCAAUACCUGAGUAAAUCAAGUGCAGACGAGGCGAUUUUAAAGAUGAACGCCACCAAACUUAAUGGGCGGAAAAUUGCCAUCGAUUAUGCAGUAUCUAAGACCUUGUAUGAAAAAAUCAAAGAUACAGAUUCCGAUGACACCGAUGGUGUGGUUAAAACGGACAUUGGUAAUUCUGAUCUCAGUGACGAUGACAGUAACGACAAAGCUUCAGAAGCAGAAAUGGAUCGCUGCAACGAUAUUGUAGAUUUUGACGAUCAUUCAAGCGAAAUUUGUAAUGAAGAGAGCUGCGAAAACGAAGUCCUUCAAACAGAGGCUGAAAAUAUUCCAGAAAUUGCUACAAAUCACCUGGAAAACCACAGCAAAACUCUUUUUGUCCGAAAUUUACUUUUUGAGACCGAAUCUGAAAAGGUGGCAGAGACGUUUUCCAAAUUUGGAAAACUUCAGUACGUUAGGAUUGUGAAAGACUUUCUUGGUCGAUCAAAGGGAUGUGCCUUUGUUUCCUUUGUGCAUCAAGAGGACGCUUCCAAGUGCCUGGAUGAAUUCAGCAAUUCGUCUAGACCCCCAUCGUUUGUGGAAAAUUCCUCUUCAUCAAAAAGCUUGAAAGGUUCCAAAAUUUCAUUGGACCUUUACGAUCAAAUUGACUCUGCUUGGGUGAUUGAAGGGAGGCAUAUAGAUGUCCUUCAGGCUAUUCCAAAACUUUCGGCAAAGGAAAUCGCUUCCAAGACUGCGGAAGAAAAGAAAGAGGCUGAUAAGAGAAACUUGUAUCUGCUAAAGGAGUCUUUUGUCGAUAGAGCCUCACCAGAGUGGGAGGAAAUAUCAGAAAUGGACAAGCAGAAAAGGGUGAAAGCAUACCAGGAACGUUCGCUGAAAUUGAAGAACUUGAAUUGCUUUGUUUCAAAAACAAGAGUGUCCAUCCGAAAUAUGCCUGUUGGUGUGGAUGAGAAACAGUUGAAAACGAUCAUUGGAACUUGUGUGUCAAAAGCAUAUCCCGAAUUUAAGCCGAUACCACGCUACCUGAAGCAGGUUAAAGUAAUAAGGGAUAAAGAGAGAAAAACAUCCACUGGAGAACUCAAAAGCUUGGGUUAUGCUUUCGUUGAAUUUUCGGACCACAAGCAUGCUCUUUCGUUAAUUCGUAAAAUGAACAACAAAAAGGAUAUCUUUACCGCACAAAAAAGGCCAAUAGUCGAGUUUGCGGUGGAAAAUUCCACAAUCUUGGCUAGGCGACAAGGAAGAAUGUCACAAACAGAUAUAGAUGCUGCAGAUGUUAAGAAGGUUAAAAGAUCCAACGAGCCUAGCAAGGGCCAGGAAAGACCGCGUGCUUCCAACAAAAGGUUUAAAUCAGAGGCCCCCAGCAAAGAAUUCAAGCCAAGAGGCUCUGCUAAAAGAUUGAACCCCAAAGACUCUAGCAAAGGAUCCAGAUCGAAUGCCCCAAACAAAAGAUUGAACCCCAAAGACUCUAGUAAAGGAUCCAGAUCGAAUGCCCCAAACAAAAGGUUGAACCCAAAAGACUCUAGUAGGGCUUUCAAAUCGAGUGCCCCAAACAAAAGGUUCAAACCAAAGGCGGAAUAA